AAAAAAGAAAAAAGAAAAAAAAAUCCAACGGCGCAAGACAAUCCCUUAUCUGUCCCUCGAGGCGGCCCGCGAUAAGUCCCUCGCUUCCAUGUACAGAUCGCUUCCACCGUUGAGCUUCAACCGCAGACGCCCCUACCACAACCUUCACCGCCACUGUCCACCGUAUUCAUCGCGGUUCAGAUUAAGGAAAUAGAAAUCGAAGGCUUUGAAUAGCUACAAGACCUAUUGCAAAGUAUACAAUGGCACACAGAUUGUUAAGAGAUCAUGAGGCUGAUGGGUGGGAACGCUCCGACUUCCCUAUCAUUUGUGAGUCAUGCCUUGGUGACAAUCCGUAUGUUCGAAUGACUAAAGCAGAUUAUGAUAAGGAGUGCAAGAUUUGUACACGACCAUUCACAGUCUUUAGGUGGAGGCCUGGUCGUGAUGCAAGGUAUAAGAAAACUGAGCUUUGUCAGACAUGCAGUAAGUUGAAAAAUGUUUGUCAAGUCUGCCUUUUAGAUCUUGAAUACGGAUUGCCAGUUCAAGUUCGGGAUACUGCUCUUAGUAUAAAUUCCAAUGAUACCAUUCCAAAGAGUGAUGUGAAUAGAGAGUAUUUCGCCGAGGAGCAUGACCGUAGGGCCAGAGCUGGUUUAGAUUAUGAAUCCUCGUAUGGGAAGGUACGGCCAAAUGACACUAUUCUGAAGCUUCAGAGAACAACACCAUACUAUAAAAGAAACCGAGCACAUAUUUGUAGUUUCUAUGUGCGGGGUGAAUGUACAAGAGGUGCUGAGUGCCCUUACAGGCAUGAGAUGCCAGAAACUGGGGAGUUGUCUCAGCAAAAUAUAAAAGACCGUUACUAUGGGGUGAAUGAUCCAGUGGCACUAAAGCUACUUAACAAGGCUGGUGAAAUGCCUUCUUUGGAGGCUCCUGAGGAUGAAAGCAUUAAAACCCUUUAUGUUGGUGGGCUUGAUAAAAGGGUUACGGAGCAAGAUUUGAGGGAUAACUUUUAUGCCCAUGGUGAAAUAGAAUCGAUAAAGAUGGUGCUGGAUAAGGCAUGUGCCUUUGUAACGUACACAACCAGAGAAGGAGCUGAAAAGGCUGCGGAAGAGCUUUCUAACAAGCUAGUCAUAAAGGGUCUCAGGCUGAAGCUAAUGUGGGGUAAGCCCCAGGCACCAAGACCUGAGUCAGAAACCUCCGAGGGAGCCAGGCAGCAGGCUGCAGUGGCUCAUAGUGGAAUGUUGCCUCGGGCAGUAAUAUCUCAGCAGCAGAAUCAAUUCCAGCCAUCUGGGCCUGGCGUGCAGGACCAAGCUCCACCUAUGCAGUAUUUUAAUAUCCCACCUCCACCUCAGCUGGAUAGAGCCUUCUAUCCAUCAAUGGAUCCUCAAAGGAUGGGUGCCCUGGUUCCAUCUCAUGAUGGGGAGAACAAAUCUGGAUCAGAAAAACACCAAGGCAUGCCACCCGCACCUGGGCAGUAUCCUCAUCAGCAUUAUCCACCAUAUGGGUACAUGCAACCAAUGCCACCUUACCAGCUGUAUCCACCGUAUCAUUCGGCAAUGCCUCCGCCUCAGAUGUCGUCUCAGCAUUAUCAACAUUCUGGGCCACUGAGGCCUCCACCUCUAGUGAGUGCACCUUUAACAAGCGCACCACCAGCGUCUACUUCAUCAGGUUCUGCACCUGCAGUUCCAGGGCCAUCUGCCGCAUCUGAGUCAUCUCAUCAGUGAAGGUCUCGCCAUAUUUUGUUUUUGCUAACAUAAUAAUGCAACUUGUUAACCCUAAAACAUAUUUUUAUUUUUGAGUUCCAAAACUUCUUUGCUUUAUCUUUAGUGUUUUUUUAUUAGCAAUCAAUUUGCUUUUCUUGUGAGUUAUGCUCAGCUUAGCCCACGUUUAGGUCAAGCUUAAACUUGAAGAAAUUCAUUUGUAAAAUACGUACCAUCAACCAUGAGUUUUCCACUCGAGGGCAUGUCAAACAUUUAAAAUGAAAACAACAAACGCCCAUGAAUUGAAACCGACAAACUCCUCUGAGACUGUUCAUGUUUCAACUCAGCAUCAAUGCA